AUGCUGGAGCCCCUCGAACUACAAGUGUUUCCAUCCUCUUACAACUGCAUCUCCUGGUCAGAGGAUGGAGAAAUUGCAGUUGCUGCAGGCGAAUUUGUACACAUCCUGACCCCAAAAGUAUCCUCGAAAAAGGAAGCAAAUGGCACGACUGCCAAUGCAUCGAGUACAGAAUGGCACAAGACUCGCUUUCGCACCAAUGUCUUCACCAUCAAUGAGUGGCCGAUUAUGUUCCCGCAACCACGGGAUCAUUUCUCAGUAGGGGCGGAGCAGUCGUUCAGUAACGUUGCAGGCGUUGCCUGGUCACCACCAGGCCUUGGCAAGUACAGGCGCAGCGUAUUGGCCGUUCUAACGUCCAACAUGGUCCUAACGAUCUAUGCGCCCACUAACAAUCCGGGAAAAUGGACGCGCAUUGCCAUUGUCAACAAAGCCUUGGAAAGAUACUUUCACGAAAGUAUCGAAAACGAUACUUUGAGCUCGCGCACCCAAAGCUUCCGCAAGGAUAUCGAGGACCACACCGCGAGAACACGCAAAUCCAACAUCCGGUCAUUCACAUGGAUUCCGCCUCUCAAGGUCCCAGCUCAGGACCAGUUGUAUCCUGGUCCUGAGACGCGGUGGGGGACUUCUCUGCUAGCGAUCACCAAUGAGGACAAUGAUCUGGUCUUUUUGCACGUCCAACAAUCCAACCCCGAACAUGUUUCUCAAGAGCCGUUGCGUGUGCAAGCAGUGUCUACUGUUUCGCUACCUACUUCAGCAGGCUUCAACCAAUCGCUUCAGCCCAACUCACUCUUAGCCAAUGCAGUCCGGUCUAAAAUACGGUCGUUGUACUUAGCGAGUGGGCCAUGGCUUUAUCAAUCACAUAAGCAAAACUCCAACGGGGAAGGCUCAAUAUCCGCAACUGUCAAUGUGGCUACUGUACAGGGUUCGAAUCUCCGCGUCGUCAUAUUGAGCGCCAGCUUGAAACCGCGGUCCCGUAAUUCGCAGGAGGAGCCGCGCUUCGAUCUGUCAUUCAACGCGACGGAAAACACUGCAGUUCCAGCCGGGCACACUGACUUUGUGUUCACUGGACCGAUUCACUGGGCGCAUAAUGUCCAACCUGGCAGAGUGUCAAUGGCAGUCGGCGCCAGGGCCAUGGUUGCCUUUAUAGAUAUCCCGGAGAGUGCGUACAGAGGGCAGGAUUCGGAGACUAGCGAUGUAAAAUCGCACAGGUUCCCAAUCAUGGUUGAAUCAAGGGACGGCAUUUCUUCAACCCAAAGCGCACUCCAUGAGGGAAUCAGCGGGAUGACGAUCACAAUGGCUCCUGAGUCCGAGAUGCCUACAUUACAUUUUGCUUCUGUAGGGGGCUAUGCAGCAGUGCUACCAUUAGCUGCCACGGGUGAAUUGUCUACAGCCCCUUGGAGCGAUAAGGUAGAGGACCUCAGGGAUCGUUUUGACAUUGACCGUGAUCUUGGUGGCUUGGCGAUUGCAAGAAUUUGGGGUCUAGCAUCACUGCAAGGACUCAUCGCGACCGCUGUAACACUGCAAGCGGGUGAUAUGAUUGAGUAUCGCAUCAAUGCGGAGGACAGACUAAGUAUUGUAUUUUCGACUGCGGACGGACAGCCAGCAAAUCCGGAGAACUUAGCUUGUCUUCGCGAAAGUCCUAUAAGUUCCGUGGACUUCGCGAGGGAGCGCCGCGAUCAUGUCCUACAGUACAUACUUGGCAACCAUAUUGAGACGAAGGAUGCGCUAUCUCCAAAGGUCCUCUAUGCGGCAGCUUGCUGUGCAAUCGUGCAGUCACAGAGCGCCGAGUUAUUGGCUCAUGCUCGCGAGGUCCUUGAGAGACUUUCGGCAAACGGCGACUUGGAUUUGUCAGAUGAGAUCGCAAGGUGCUCCGACUCGGGGGGUACCAUAGAAGCGAGGCCUGCAGAGGCGUUAAACGGACCUGGUGGAGAGACCUUCGAAAAAUGUGAGGUCUGCGACGCAGGAAUUGCAUGGCACUCAGCUGAGGAAGCACGAUGUGCCACUGGCCAUGUUUUCGUUCGGUGUAAUAUGACAUUCUUGGCUAUCCAAGAGCCUGGAAUUUCGAAGUUUUGCCCAAAGUGCGAAAUCGAGUACCUUGAUGAGGACCUAGUUGGCCUUGCGGGGCAUGUUGACAUUCAAGAGACUUGCAAGAUCCUGUCAAACGCCUUUGACACCUGUGUAUAUUGCGACGGGAAGUUGCGUGCUUGA